AUUGAAUAUGUUUAAGUUCCUACUUGGAGGCAUCGGUGAUCCACUGCUACUAGACGCAUAAUCAUGUUAAGUGAAAGCUUCUUACAUUCCGUCAAGAACCGUUCGAACUGUUUGAACGCACCAGUAAUUUUGCCGCCGUUUGACUUUGGUGUGUACAGUGUGAUCGGGUUCUUUGGAUGCUUUCUGAAGAUUUCCUGAGAUCCACAUGUCGCUCUUGUUUUUAGUGUGUUACCUACGAUUUAUUCCAUCCAUUGGAAGUCGGUAAUACAGAUACAGUUUGUAGCAAUCUCAUCUGUACGGUUACUGAGGUUACAAGUUUUUGAGGCAGGAUCAUUUUCGAAUUGAAAUAUGAGCAAAGAUCAUAAACCACGCGUUCGCAAACGAGCAACACAUAUUGUAACUGAUUCGAGGCCACGGCAUAAUUACGGAAGUGAGAAACCACUGUUUGUCUAUUCAUGUAUCUGUGGUCAAAUGUCACUGAUAAUUGACUGUCUAGUUGAGAAACUACCAAGGCGUCCUAGAGAUGACGCUAGAGUUAUUGAUGGAUCCAAACGUGCUCAUAAAACAACAGCUACGGCUGUUAAUCCACUCACUCCAAUUUAUAUACGUUGGCCAAAUGGAAUAGAGAAGCAGUUCCGCAGGUAUUGCAAAAGCUGUGGAUUACCAAUCUUUUAUCGUCACAGUGCAGAAAAUUCAACGACUGAAUUUAUUAUAAAGAAUGCAUUAAAACUUCAAGAUGACCAAGCUGCAUUAUCUGCAUCUAUGUUAUGUCCGAAACGACCAACUGCUGCGAAGCAUAUUGAUGAAAGCUCUGCUAAUGCCAGAUUACUCGAAGCAUUAGCUGCUGAAGCGGCUGCCCUACAGCAAAGUGAAGCCUCGAAUAACGCCCCAUUGCGUCGAAGUGUUCAACAACAAGAAACUACUCAAGGCAUUGAUACCGCUGUCACUGUUUCUACUAUUGAAGAUGAAGAAGAGGAAGCCGAAGCAAAAGAAAUAGCAGAUUCGUAUGCAGCCAAUGCUCGUGUCAUUGAACAAGAAAUGAUUCGACGUGGCAUCAUAAAACGCCGUUUGGUUGAUGAGGCCAAUGAAGAGGCUCAACAAAGGCGAAUUCGAGGGACGUUAAUUGAAAAGCAAUAAUUCUUUCCAUAAAGAACAAAAAAUCACUACGAAUCUAUGGUUGAUUUUUUAUAUCUGUAAAUACGAAAUUAUGUUAUUUGGUGGUUUUCUUUAGCUUCAGAACCAAAAUAUUUCUUAAUAACUACAAUGUUUUUCAAUUAAUUAAUACUGGUUUUUAAAAAAAGUGUAUUUUCCCAGUCAAGUCAUUUGUUCUCAAUAAAAAUUUAUCCAUCGAGUCAAUCAAAAAUGUACGCUGUAUGAAUACGAUUUUGCGUCAUUUCUGUAUAUUAAAUUUGCUUUAUCUGUGCAGAAGCAAACGCUGCCUGAUAGCAGAAAAAAACUGUCCACAAGUAGUAUCUUUUAUUACGAAUUUCCUUGUAUGAUUUUCAAUAUCUCUUAUUACAACC